AUGGCUGAUCUCUAUGGGAGAGCCCCAUUACUCCACUUCUCAAACAUCUUGUCCACAGUGGCAUCCUUUCUGAGCGCAGUCAGCCCUAAUGUCGGAAUAUUGCUCAUCGGUCGAGUCCUUAUGGGUGUGGCGGGAUGUGUGCCAACGACAAUUGGCGGUAGUGUGGUGGCAGAUCUUAUACCAGCUGAGAAACGUGGGACAUUGAUGAGUUUGUGGGCCUGUGGGCCUUUACUGGGCUCGGUAGUUGGCCCGAUUAUUGGCGGUUAUAUAUCAUUCGAUAUUGGAUGGAGAUGGGCACUUAGAAUGGAGUGUAUUCUGUGUGGGCUAUCGAUACUGGCCGGUUUUAUGAUCUUCCAGGAGACACACGGCCCUACAGUGAUCAGGAAGAUCAAAUCAAACUCUCUAUAUUCUCAAAGGCAUAAUGUUAUGCCCGACAAAACCGGCAGCCAACAAGCUCGCUGGGAGGAUAUACGGAAGGCAAUCGUUCGUUCAGUCAUCCUUCAGACUACCUCGCCGGUCGUGAUCAUUGCAUCCAUUUAUACGUCGACAGCAUUUACCUUUAUGUAUUUUACCAUUACUACCUUCCCCAUCCUCUUCGGGAACGAGUACGGGUUCAACGAAGCCCAAAUUGGCCUCACCUACAUCGGCCAGGGACUCGGGUUCGCGUCGGGGCAACUAGCUGGCCCUGCCUUAGACUGGUAUAUUAAACAACAGCGAGCUAAAAAUGGGCAUAGUCGACCUAAAGACCGCUUACCUGCUAUAGUGCCAGGAUGCCUACUGAUCGCUAUCGGCCUGCUCUGGUAUGGAUGGUCAGCCCAAGCCCGACUUCACUGGGUCAUGCCUAUCAUAGGAUCGGGUCUGUCUGCGGCAGGUAUCACGGUGGUGUUUGCGGGCAUUCAAACAUAUCUGAUUGAUGCCUUCACGGCUUAUGCGGCAAGUGUCAUUGCUGCUAAUGUUACCGUGCGCUCCAUUUUUGGGACCGUGAUGCCUCUCGGUGCUCCGCCAUUAUACGCUCGUUUUGGAUAUGGAUGGGGAAAUAGCAUGCUUGCGUUGAUUGCGUUAGGUUUAAUCCCGGUUGUUGCUAUUCUGUAUCACUAUGAGAAAUUAUGGAAGAUGCUGAACCCAAGGGGUCAACCUAGCUGGACGCAUCCAAAGGAGGUUGUUGAUUGUUGA